UUUUCCGCGCCGGCUGGAGACGCUUUUAUGCACAAGUCUCAGAAGCUCAAACGACCCUCCUUGCGACCUCGUCUCCUCCUCUCCCGUCGUCUCUUCUACCCGGAGGUCGGAGGGAGGAAGAGAACAAGGCCAAAAAAAAGGGAAGAGAGAUACAGAGGAAAAAAGCGCGCACAUACGGGAUCGCGCGAUCCAAAUCGAAUCCCCUCCUUACGGAGAAACCCAAAAUCCAGAGAAAAGACCGCGCAAAUCCGGCCAGAUUUGGCCCUCGAUCUCGCCCGUGGUCCACCGGGAGGUUUCCCGAGAUCUCCCGCGGGUUCCUCCAGCGCCUGGUCUGGCGCCGCAGAGGGCAGGAUGAGCUCGCGGAUAAAGGAGAUGGUGCGGGUGGCCACUGCACGGCUGGGCGGCGAGCCUUCGCCGCGGGCGGGGCCUUCUCAGCCCGGACGCGCGGAGUCGUCCAGGACGGCUCGGCUCGGCGGCGGAGGCGCCAGCCUCCGGCGGCAGCCCCAACCGCAGGCGCCCACCGUGCGCACCAUCUACUGCAACGACCGCGAGGCCAACGCGCCCGUCGCAUACAAGGGAAAUUCUGUAUCGACUACAAAGUACAGCGUAUUGACAUUUCUACCUAAAGGAUUGUUUGAACAGUUCAGGCGGGUGGCAAAUCUUUACUUCCUCAUGAUUUCAAUCUUGUCGACUACACCAAUUAGUCCAGUCCACCCUGUCACCAACGUGGUUCCCCUUAGUCUAGUACUUUUGGUGUCACUCAUCAAGGAAGCUUUUGAGGACUGGAAACGUUUCCAGAAUGAUAUGUCAAUUAAUAAUGCACAUGUCGAUGUAUUGCAAGGUCAAAAAUGGGAAAGUAGUCCAUGGAAAAGACUGCAGGUUGGAGAUAUUGUGAGGAUCAAGCAAGACAGUUAUUUCCCUGCUGAUUUGCUCUUCCUAUCGAGUACGAAUGCUGAUGGUGUCUGCUACAUAGAGACAGCAAAUCUUGAUGGGGAAACCAACCUGAAAAUAAGGAAGGCUUUGGAGAAAACUUGGGACUAUGUUCUUCCUGAAAAGGCUUUGGAAUUCAAAGGUUAUUCAUGUAUUUCUUUUGUUUCAUUUCGAGGACAUUCUGUUCCAUAGUUGGUUGAAUUA